CAAAAUAUGUCCAAGUUGCGGUCAAUGUCCGAGUCUACGAAUCAUACAUCGCGGUCAUGCAUAAUAUUGCUUGCUUACGCUGGCUUACUACUAGUAGGCACCUUUCCUACCUUGCUUUGACCAGCCACUGGACAGUUUUCGAUGAAAUAUAAUACAUCUCACCUGCGCUCAACUAACCAUAAGAUAAAGAGCCCAAGAUAGAGAUACUCGUUCCUGUCCCGGAUAGGUCAGCUUGAACCGUUGCCUUACUAACAAUGGUUCUCCUUCAGAGACUGGGAUACAACAGCCUCUAUGUCUGCUAUCUCGUCGCCCUUGCCAUUGUUUGUCGGGUUUACGGUGCGUCAAUGACUGUACUCGGCCUUGCGGAAGAGAAAAGCAGCGGCGAUACCCACGGCACCAUAUACGCAAACAACAUCUUCAGCAAUGAUGGCAUGCCCGACCCAUACCGUGAUGGCACGCUCAAGGGGUCCCUCAUCCUCCACAACGGCCGCAUACAUACCAUGGACGCGGGCAACCGAGUGGUUGGCGUGCUCGGCAUCAGGGACGGCUGGAUCGUCUACGCGGGACAUGAUGUGGAAGAGGCUGAACGCAGGACCGCCCCGGGACUAAGCCCGACUCGCAAAAUCGACCUCAGGCGGCGAGUCGCUAUUCCCGGGCUCAUCGACUGCCACAACCACAUCGUUCUGCUGGGAAACCGGCCAGGCUACCACACGCCCCUAGAACGCGCGUUUACGGUUGCCGACGUGCUGUACACGUACCGUCGGCGGGCGUCGGCGGUUCCGCCCGGCGCCUUCAUAACGACCAUCGGCGGCUUUGCCCCGAUCCAGUUCCGGGAGAGCCAGUUACCAACACUAUCCGAACUCGACAGCGCGGUGCCCAAUCACCCGGUAUUCAUCUCGACCGGCUUCAGUGGCCCCGCCACAACCAAUUCCCGGGGAAAGGCCUUCUUUGAAAGACUACCUGGGGACGCGUCCGUCUCGGUCGCUGCGAACGGCUCCAUCGCGGCCGGGCUCGAGAAUGGGAAGGCUUUGCUGGCACUCAGACAGCAGCUCACCUUUGCGGACCGCGUGCGCAGCGCCCAGGAUGCCAUGGCAUAUGCUGCGUCUGUUGGCGUGACCACACAUCUCGACCAAGGCGCGUUCCCCGCGUCCAACACGGCUGCCGACGGUUCAGGCAACGAGGAUCUCCUCGCCAUGCACUUGCCCUUCCUCUCCGUCUACGACUCCGCCUCCCGCCAACAAUACGACAACGACCACGACCAACGAUCUGUACCUCCGUUGAUCCGCCUCCGCAUCAAUCACCUCCACGCCGACGCCGACGGCUCCCUGCCAACCCUCACCAACCGCCUCCGGUACUCGUACCCCUUCUUCGGCAACGCCAUGGUGCGCACGGGCGGCAUCGGCGAAUUCGCCGUCUCCAUCGACCAGUACGCAGGCGGCGAGCUAUUCGAGUCAGCCGCCGCGCGCAUCGCCCGCGCUGGCUGGCGGUUGGAGGUCCACUCGCUCACCGAUGCCGACUACCGCGGCCAGAUUGAAGGGUUCGAGCGCGUCGAUGCUGCGGCAGGGGGGAUCAAGAGCCUGCGCUGGGUGGUAGCCCACGUGCCCCGGAUCACGGUGGAGUAUCUACGGAGGCUGAAGGCGCUGGGCGGCGGGGUGAAUCUGUCUGGGUUUAUGUAUCUCGCCGCCGCCGGUCCCGGGGCGAAUGGAACCGCUCCGGCCGGCCCGCCGUUCCGGACCAUUGUGGCGAGCGGGAUCCCGGCCGGGUUUGGACCGGACGGGGCCAACAUCGCCCCGCUGAGCCCGUGGCCGCAUGCGUACUAUGCCACGACGGGACGGAAUGCGAAGGGGGAGGUCAUCAACCGCGGACAGACCAUUGGUAGGCAGAAGGUAUUGGAGAUGUUUACGAGGGACAAUACCUGGUUCCUUGGCGGGCCGGACGAGGACGUGUUGGGCGUCCUGGAGGUGGGAAGGCUUGGGGAUGUUGCUGUGUUGAGCGACGACUACUUCGCCGUCUCUGACGACGAGGUGAAGAAAUUGAGAAGCGUGCUAACAGUUGUUGGAGGAGUCGUGGUCCAUGAUUCCGGGGAUCUGCGGUAUUGACAGUUUCUCACGGGUGGGGUGGUCGGAAUGAAAGUGCGAUGCAAUUAGAUCCGUUGAGGUCUUCGUCUCCCACUGUAUGACCUGCAUGUGCCGCUGGUUCGGUUCGAGAUGCCGUGACUCCCUUGAACUUCAAGUUGCCAGCAGCCCUAAAGUACCUGCCUUACACUGCUAGUAGUAGUAAUAAAGUUCGGUUCAACUCAGGCUUCCGAGGUCAAGUCAAAAGGGAUUGCCGCGCAAGAUGCCGACGGAAUCGGCGGGGGCGACGCCGUGGUUUGACUGCAAUGGGGGGGAAUGGGAUGCGGCCAGACAAGGCAGGAUGUCGGAGCAGCCGACAGACGGAUCCGCUGCGGCCCUUGAACCGUCAACCGGUAGAAAUGGUAGUCGAGAGGAUGAGUUUUGCAUGCAAAAUUCUGGCCGCACUGAUAAUAACAGUUGCUGAGACUGGCGCCCGCCUGUUCUCGUUCAAGUUCCAAGUUGGAUUGUCU